GCCGGCACGGAUCGGGUAAUGACACCAGGCCCGCCUUCUAUGGUGAAGCUGGAAGGGAGCCCCCUAUGUCUAACUAGCUGCGUGUUACGAAUAAUUACGUUGUGUCUGAAGAGGAGUCGGCAAUCAGAAUAAUUAUAUUUUUCAUUUCUUGAGUGCUAAAACGAAGAAGGACUGCUUCUUCUCAGGCUGCUCAUAUUUUCACUGGACACAUUGCCUUUCUCUGUGGUACUUUCCACUGUCCAACAUGUCUCACAAUUACCCAUAUAGGAGGUCUCCAGAAGGUUUUAGCUCACGUCAGUGUUCCUUUGCUACAUCAAAUAACCUGCGUGAGGAGAGUGACAUCUACAGACCAUCUCUCAAGCCGUCUCCUCACUCAGUACCCACUUUCACGUCCUCAAAGAGUGCCCUGGAGUCUUACUCCUCCAGAUCUGUAACUGCUGAAAAUGCUUUGAGUCUUCUGGCCAGCUGCGGGCUUGAGCCCGAAGACCUUUCCGUGUUAGCAGGUAUGCCUGAAAAUCUCAUGACUGAGGAGACGCUUCCUCAUCUUCUCAUGGAGAUCAGGCAGAAGAAGGCCCACCGAGAGCACACAUCUAGCCUUCAUCAGACCGCAUCUCGUCCACCCGCUCCAUCUCUGGCCAGUACAUGGCAGGACUCGGCACGUGUUUGCACAGCAGAGUACCCGUCAGACCCUUCCCCUCGUUCUUCAUACUCGGGCCCCAGAGAGCAGGCAGAGAGCUGGGAAGAUCGCUGGGGGGACCCCGGGCAGAGUGGCGCGGUCAGACAGGAGCGCCCUCGCAGUGCAUCUUACGUCGUGGACUACAAUUUCGGUCAGCCACGAGAGGAAGACACAAGACGCUACGAGAAACAAGCUUACACUGUAAGAGCAGGAGGCAUCAGGGAGCCUCUUGCUUCACAGUCUUCGUCUGAUUACAGAGGUUUCAGCCAGAGUCGAGAACCGGCAGCACCGCCCCAGAGGAAGAAGCCCCUUCUCUUGGCUCCCUCCAAAAGGGAAGCAGAUGAUUUUCAUGGUGUUAUGCCCCAAACAUUCCCUUACGCGUGCUCACUCUGUGAUAUUGCUGUGCUUUCCCAAAGUGACUGGACUCUACACAUAAAUGGAUCUGAACAUGCAGACAGCCAGCUCACAGUGCUCCAGAUGUAUCCCGAUUGGGACUGUCGACAUGAAUCGAUCAGAAAGAAUGACUACCAUUCAGAGGAACAUAGGGAAGAGAAAAGCGCUGAAACAGCUCCAUACAGAGCUCCUCAACGCCUUGGAGCAGCAUCAAGCAGUAGUGAGAGGCACGGACCUGCUAAAGAGAAGGAGUAUAGCAGAGUGGUUUGUGCUAAAUUUGCUGCUGAAUCUGUGGAUGAAAGUUGCUUGAGGAAGUUGGUGAAGCCAUUUGGAAACAUACUGAAUGUUCUGAUGUUCCCUGUACAGGCUUUUGCUGAGAUGAGUACAUCUGACCAAGCAGAAGAUAUUGUGAAAUACUACAGCAGGAACCCAGUCAGUGUUAAAGGGAGCCCAGUCCGGUUUUCUGUGUCUACCGCAUUUACUUGCCUUAAGAAUUCCCGCGUGGUGAGCUUUUCCUUACUGCCCCCUGGAAAGGAGAGGAAUUCUGAGCUGAUGGCCAUUGCAAAGCGAUUUGGACCUGUUAAACACUCGUUAUUCUUACCAAAUAGGGUGCUCGUGGAAAUGACAAACCUAAAAGACGCAGAAAAGAUGGUUCAGUAUUAUGCUUCCCAUCCUCUUAAGAUGAAAGGCAAAAAUAUCCAAGUGUCCCACUCUACGGAGCACAGUACACUAAGAGUGCCAAGCACUGACAGAGACUCAGGAGACAGGGCAGGGUCCAGUAGAUAUAGCAGCCAGUCCUACAGGUUACAAGCCAGGAGGAGAUCCUCUAGCCCAAGGAGGCGGUCCCCCAGCCCAAGGAGGCGGUCCCCCAGCCCAAGGAGGCGGUCCCCCAGCCCAAGGAGGCGGUCCCCCACCCCAAGGAGGCGGUCCCCCAGUCCAAGGAGGCGGUCCCCCAGUCCAAGGAGGCGGUCCCCAAGCCCAAGGAGGCGGUCCAGGGAGAAAGGCGAUCGUCUCCACCGGAGAGAGGACAAAUCCUCUGAAGAGAGGGUGCGGUCCUCUAGCAGGCACAGUAGUCAGUCCUCAAGAACAUCUAGGUCCCACACCAGGGAGCGUGACAGUGCCUCAGGAUGCCAAUCCAAAGACAAAGUGACAGAUCCCCAGAAGGCAGAGGUCAAACGUGACAAAGCGGUUGAAGAGAUUCUAGAACAGGAGAGUAGCCAGCAGUCAUCAUGCAUUCAAGCUCAAACCAAGGAGGGAGUGCCCAUCUCAAAAGAAGAACAUGAAGAGGGAAACGCUAUACAGGACAUCCAAGACCAACCUGGCUUUACCGGAGGGCAGGAAGAGGAAGGCUUUGGAGCUGUGGACACGGACAGUGACAUAGAAGGGAUGGAAGUGAUUGGAGAGGACAAGGAGGAUUUCAGGUCAGAAGAAGACUAUACAGAAUUCUUGGAGGAAAUGGAAGAGGGUGCAGAUGCAGGGAUACUGGGACCACAGGAGACAGCAGAGGUCUUAGGAGCAGGGUCCCCAGAGGUUCGUGAAGUCUUGGAGAAAGAGAAAACUGGCAACACAGAUGAGUCUUCCACAGAAGAGGUAACGCUACAGCCUCCAGCAGACAAGGCAACAAAUGAGGAGAAACAGCCAGUACGUCAGGAGCAGUUGGAUGGACCUGAUGCCAAUGAAGAGGAUGAGCCUGAUUUCCCUGAAAGCCUGGAGGAAUGUAUUACUUUAGAUGAGAUUGAAGAUGAAGACAAUGACGACCAGACACAUGCAACAGAAGACAGCUCUGGUAAAAAAUCCAAGGAGGAAUAUAAGGAAAGUACCAGUGGGAAAGUUAUCUAUAUCAAAAAUCUUCCAAAUGGCUACUAUACCGAUGCUCAGUUUGUGAAGAUUGCAAAGCCUUACGGGAGAGUGAAGCGCUAUUUCCUGAUCCGCAAUCGUCAGGAGGGUUUCAUCGAAAUGGAGAGAGCUGCUGAUGCUCAGAAAGCAGUGAAGGAGCUGACAAUGAGGCGUGUGGAAAUGGAUCGUCAUGUUUUGAUUAUUUAUUUGUCUCGGAAAUACCAGAGUCUGACGCGUGGAUGGAGCCCUGACUCAGACUCUGAGGAUGAGAAAGAGCAGAGGAAAGAUCGAAAGGAGAAACGCAGGAGGGGAGCACGAGAGGACAGCAGCUCCCGAGCCAAAUCCAAGAUGGAGGAAGAGCCUCCAGCCAAAAGGGCCUACAGAGACAAAACUACUCCAGAGAACCUAGCCAGCAGCAAGAAGGAGGAGAAGAGCACCACAGGGGAGCCCAACAGCAGCGGGCUGCAGCAGAAGGAAGUGAAGAGAGAGGAGACAGAUGGGGAAACCAGCCAGACCUCCAAGAGCAUGGACACCCAGCAGGACACUGAGGGGGUGUCCAGCAGUGAAAAUACAAGGAUUCCCUCUGCUAAUGGUGUGAUUGAGCAGAUCUGCACUGAGGAGAAGAAUGGAAAAACUAUGCUGGACCCUAAAAAUGAACCCCUAGCACCAUACCAACCAGGUGUCCCUAUGGGGAAGGAGUUUAUCAGUCAAAAAAUGGGCUACUUCUGUAACCUUUGCAAGGUGAUCUAUGUCAGUGAAGAUGAAGCAAAAAAUGAACAUUGCAGCAAUAUUACUCACUACCAGAAACUGAAGGAAUAUUUGGAACAAAACGGCAACCCCAACUGAGAAAUGCAAGCAUCAUGUUUUUAACAGUGGCAACAAGGAAAUCCUGCUCAGCAGUGUGUUCAGCCUUGUUGUUCGCAGAAGA